GGAGACUCGCACGUCCACUGGACCUGAGUGAAAACACCACUGGAAUCACUGCUCUAUUCACCAUAAUCAGCAGCUGAGAGAGACCUGCCGCUCCAUGCACACAGAAAUCAGGAAAACACAAAUGCAUCAAUGUCUCCUGCUCUGAGCUCUUUGUAGUUUACAGUGUUGACCUUCACUAUAAAACAACCAUGUUAACAUUACACAUGAACGGUGACACGACGGAGGACUCGGGUGACAAUGCUGAGAUGGACGUGGACAGUCCUGCCAUACUCAAUCCUCAGUGCUGCAGUGAGCAGACCGAGAAGAUCCAAAAUGAUCCAGAGGAAGUGAUGAUGAUGAUGAAGGAGGAGGAGGAGGAGGAGGAGGCUUGUGAACACACUCAGGAAACCCAUCUGAACUUGUCCUCGUGUCUCACGUCAGCACAGAGCAGCAAUGAGGAGAUCAUUCGGGCCUUUGAUGAUGAGAUGAAUGUGGCACAGGAAGCCAAGUCAGCAUCAGAGGAGAAGGAAACUACAGAGCUGGAUGAUUUGCUUGACUCUCUGCAGCAUCUGCAGCUGCGUCUGACGGAUGCUGAGAGUCAGCAGGACGUUGAGCUGCUGCUGGAGCUGCUGCUGCAGUCGGAUUUCCAGCAGGCGUUCAUCAUGCACCGCAGCUUGGCUCAAAGCAUCAGACGCCUCUGCCCGCCGUUCCCGAUCACCGCACACGCACAGCAGCUCAGAGACGAGGUAAAGAAUGUUCUGCAGUCCAGCAAACACACUGAAGCCACAGAACUCACAGGCCUGCUGACAUCACCACUUCUGCAGGCCCUGAUGGAAGCUCAUGACUGUAUCGCCGAGCAGGAAUUGGAUAUCGAAACUAUUGAAUCUGUGGACCAGGAUGAAAAGACCACCAAACUGGUUUCCCUGGAGAAGACUCGUGACAUGCCUCUGGGUGUGACCGUUCGGAACGAAGAUGACCGUGUGAUCAUCAGUCGGGUGGUGAGCGGUGGGACGGCUGAGAAAAGCAACCUGCUCAGUGAAGGAGAUGAAAUCUUGGAGAUCAAUGGUGUUCCAGUCCGUGGAAAAAGUGUUAAUGAUGUUCACAACAUACUGUCCUGCAUGCACGGGUCCCUCACGUUUCUCCUCAUCCCAAACUCUCAAAACAAAAUAGCUCUUCACAGACCAACUGUGAUGCAUGUGAAGGCAAGUUUCAGCUAUGACCCAUCUGAUGACCUAUAUGUGCCAUGCAGAGAACUCGGCCUGUCCUUCCAAAAGGGAGACAUCCUUCACGUCACUAGUCAGGACGAUCCCAACUGGUGGCAGGCAUACAGGGACGGACAUGAGGACCAGAAGCCCCUUGCUGGCCUUAUACCUGGAAAGAGCUUCCAACAGCACAGAGAAGCCAUGAAGAAAACCAUCACAGACAGAAAUCAAGAGUUUAAAGGGAAACUUUGGUGUGCUAAGAAAAGCAAAAAGCAACGGAAAAAACCCUUGUUCAACCCUAGUAAGAAUAUCGAGCAUUACAGUGAGGAUAUUCUGACCUAUGAGGAGGUGGCACUGUACCAUCAGCCGCCCAACCGCAAACGUCCCAUCGCCCUGAUUGGUCCACCCAACAGCGGACAUGAUGAACUGAGACAAAGACUGCUCUCCGUAGAGCCUGGGCGAUUCGCUGGUGCUGUUCCACACACCACACGAAACCCCCGUGCACAUGAGGUGAAUGGCAGGGAGUACAACUUUGUAUCACGGCAGUGCUUUGAAUCUGAUCUGGCUGCAGGGAAAUUCAUCGAGUCGGGCGAAUUUGAACAGAACCUAUACGGCACAAACACUGAUUCAGUCAGACAGGUUGUCAACUCAGGAAAAAUCUGUUUGCUGUGUCUGCAGCCCAGGUCCCUGCGAGUGCUGUGCUCCUCGGAUCUUAAACCGUACAUCAUCUUCAUCAGGCCUUCUCCUCCUUCUCAUUCUCCUCCUCCUCCUUCUCAGGAGCGAUUCUCCAACCUGCUGACCAGAGGAGUGAAGAAACACAUGCCUGAGGAUGUGAGAGAGACCUUGGAGAAAGUGCGUGAGAUGGAGCACAGCUACGGUCACUUGUUCGAUGCGGUGAUCACAAACAUUGAGCAGGAGAACAGCAUCUCUGAACUGCUGAGACUCACUGACAAACUGGACAUGGAGCCGCAGUGGGUCCCUUUAGCUUGGGUCAGCUAAAAAACACUUUCAGUUCAGAAGAAAUGAUGCAUUUGCAGUGUUGAAGGCUAGAAAUGUUCUGAUGAGGCACCACAAGUGGUAUGUUUGAAACGGCCUGCCACCUUAUUACUGAUAUUUUGUGUGUCUGCUUGGUAAAGGUAUUGUUCACCAAAAAAAUGAAAAAUUACAGUACUGUGCAAAAG